AUGAGUAGCUGGACUGCCUUCAAGUCUCAGUUUGACAAGCUAAAGACCCAUACCGCUUCAUGUCCAGUCAAAUCUGAAAAAAAUGACACAGACAGUAUUACGAUAACAGAUCACACCAGUUGGAUAAACCGAAUAGGAGAUGCUGGUAACAAGCCAAAGGAUUGGUAUGACUAUAUCAAUCUAGUCAAGUCACAGGUUGGCAUGAAGGAUGCUGUUGCAAGACAUAAUUUGCUCUCCUGUUUAUAUGACAGGGCCUUUAAGGAAGUCAACUGGCAGAAAGUCAAGCCAUAUCUUCUGCAGAUAACAAGAGAAAUGAGACCUAUGCCAGACUAUUUCUGGAUUAUGCCCAAGUCAAGAGUGAAUACAGCCCAGACGAGGCGGAAGGCAUUGUUGACGUAUGCCAGAUCAAUUGUGCGCAGAUUCGCUAUUGUACAUACAGCUGCAGCAGAGUUUGAAGUGAAACAAGGCAAUGUAUCAAAAGCCAAGAAGAUUCUGGAGAAGGCUCACGUUAUAGAAGCUGAACCUAAGGAGUUAGUGAGAGAGGCUCUGAAGAACCUAGACAAUGGGAAGACGAGACUGACGUCUGUGGAGAGUACUGUGCAAGCCGAGAGUCAACAACAAUGCAUUGUCGACAGUGGGGCCAACAGUAAGGAUGCCACGGAUGAAGUGUUCCCAUCCAAAGUGACCAAAUCUGAACUGUCAGCACAGUCCCACACCGCUUCAUGUGUUACGAGUCAUGACACUCCAAAUGGUAACUUGACGUCUGAUGCAGCCAGUCUGUCCCAUCUAAAGUCGGUCAUACAAAGUGCUAGCAAGCAGCCUCUCCGACACUCUCAGAGUACGCCAGAGUGUCGUCAGAUGACCAAGACAUCUGAUUCGGUCCCUAACUGGAAGAGGCCACUUGGAACGUCAAAAAUUGGGCUGCCGAUGAGGGUGAAGAAGAUGAGUCUUCCAUUCAGCAAGAAAGAAGAUGAUAUUGAUCUGGAAGAAGAGAAAAAUAUUGACAGUAUCAAGCCUCUUCCUUCACAUCCACAGGAGAAUGAGACUUUUGGCUCCCAUGCUCACACAUCGGGUUACCUGUCAAUGUCACAGAUUGAUGAGACAGUUCCCAUGGAAACAGAUGGGAAGGUUGCUCAGUCAUGUGACUUCAAAGAACCAAUGAAAUACAGGACUCCGCUGGCAUCUUCCACUCAUCAUAACAUCAAAGACAAACCUGAAAGCCAGGUGACGCCGGCAAGCUUUAUCGACCUGAGUAUAGUAGAGAAACCAAAGCCAGCAAUUUCUAGUGUUGAAUGUAAGAAACGUCUUGUGCCACCUGAGUGUGCCAAGUCCUCCACUGAUUGUGAUAAGAAAGUGACUGAGAGAAAAGACAGUGAUUCAGUGUGUGCUGGACAGCAGACAGAUUCUUCUGUGAAGGAGCCUCCAGCACCAAGUAUUCAGCCACCCUCCCUGCCUACCCCCAACAUUCCCACUCCGGCUAAUGCAGGUGCUGCUGCUGCUGCAGUGUCUAAGAUGUCCACACCCUGCACGAAGAACCGAGUGGGAGAGAUGGCAUCACUCACACCAGGCAUGAACCCUGUAGAUACUGUGACAGUCAAUGGUCAGCAGUACUUUAUCUGGAAGCUGGUUGGACGAGGCGGUUCAGCAAAGGUAUACCAGGUGUUUGACACCCAGAAGAACACCAGGGCCUUGAAGUGUGUUGACCUGGAGGAUGCCAAUGAGAUCGUGGUCAAUGGCUUCAAGAACGAGGUGCGCCUUCUGAAGAAACUUCAGUACUGCAAGAGUGUCAUCAAGAUGUAUGACUUUGAACACAAUGAGGAGCUCAACAAACUGUUUGUAUUGAUGGACUUUGGGGAGACCGACAUGGCCACACUGUUCAAGAGUCGUAUCCAGAGUGGCGAGGGGAUAGAGCCACACAUGAUCCGAUUCUACUGGAAGGAGAUGCUGACAGCUGUACAUGCACUCCAUAAAGAAGGGGUGAUCCACUCGGACUUGAAGCCAGCCAACUUCAUGAUGGUAGCGGGCAAUCUGCGACUGAUUGACUUUGGUAUAGCUAACGCCGUACAGCAGGACAAGACUAGAGUCCGGAAGCCAUCAUGGAGUCCUUUGAAGGAUCCGACGGUGGAAGUGCCGGCGACAGGGUUAAACCCACAUAUAAGAUUUGUGUUUCAGAAAUGUUUGACAAGAGACCCCAAGUCCAGACCUACCACUGAUGAGCUGCUGGCCCAUCCUUACCUGAUGGAGGACAAAGAAAAGAGCCCUGCACCCUUAGCCCUGACCAAGGCCAUGAAAGAUGCCCUGCUGCAGAUCUCCAACGCCUCACCCCGCAGUGCACAGUCUCUCACACAGGGGCUACUGCAGCAGUUAGAGACUGGAGGGAAGAUUGAUCUGAGUACACUGCCCAGCAAACCUCUCACACCGGUCGUACAGUCUCAACCAUCGGAAUCUUGCCCAGCUAGUGCCCAGCCAGCGGUCAGUGUCAAACCUACCCGCAUCAAGCAGGAGGGUGGUGCUGUUCAAGGACGAGCACCCCCUUCAGUGUAUCAACGUACACCAGAAAUAGAUGUUGGUCUUGUGUAAAUAUGUAAUUACAAAUAAUAGAUAUGAAAUGUAUACAGCUCCCAACAACUGGGAUCUGGCAAUCUACAUCUGUUGUAGAAAGAUCUUUUAAACUUGCUUGUAAUGAAAAGUCUGUCUGUGUAUUUCUCUUCUGCCUAAACAACCUGCCUUGCUCUUGGUAUCCUGUAUUGUCCAUCAAUAAAUAAUGCACAUGA